AUGAGUUCCAUCGGAAUGACCUGCUUUGAAGAAUCUCAAAAUCUCACCUACGCACGAUCAUCCGCGACGCAACGUCCAGUACACCAAACGAUGAACCCCACAGCGCCUUACGGCGCCAACGUGCACUUCUGUCCGUCCUCGCGAAAUAACAAUAGCACCACGUCAAGUGGUAAUCAUAUCGCAUACACGGAUCGGAGUAGAGUCGGGAACAAUUUGCGUUUUGAAGGGGCGGGAAUUUCUAGGGCCAUACACAUCCCGCGACGGCCAGCAAAUCCUCAGAACCAGCCCUUCGAGACUGACAUUUUCAGUGCAUCCUGGAAUGAUGGCAGCGCAGACCAAGCCGAGGCUUUUGCCCAUUACCUCCCAGCGACUGAGAUGGAUAUCGGCACGACCAUGGACCCUUCGACGGCGUGCACAAGCUAUUUUCUUCCGCAGGAGCCCUCACUCGAAGAGGACGAUUUUAGUUCGCUCUUCCAAAAUAUUCCUCCGGACGGGUUUGACAUUUUCAUGCCAGACAGCAGUAUGUUCGAUGGUCAGCCCGUCAGUGGUGACGAUCUGACCACGCCAAAGACUCUGUUGGAAGCCAAGACACCUGGUUCAAGUGAGCUUUGGCCUUCUGUUGUGACGAACUACGAGUCACACGUGCUUGAUGGAACUACAUCGCCGCAACAUUGCGCUGCUCAGGGGCAUCCGGAUCCUGGACUCGGUUAUUCUCAAAUCCACCAUACCUUUACGCCACCACAAUUGCCUGGAUUUGAUUUGAGUUCCUUGAACUAUCCGCCUUUACCCGAGCUUCCCUCGUCGGGUGACGAUCAGUUUGACUUUCAGAGUGGCCCUUCAGCCUUCACCACGGAUCAAUAUCUUCCGAUCGUACAUUAUCAGGAACUGGAAUCGGCAUCAGCACCUGAUCAGAGCGCCCAGUAUCCAGAUCUCUGGGCUUCCGAAACGGCCAUUCAAUCACCGACGGGCCCCACGAAUAUUUCAACACCCCAGGGCAGACAUUUAGGGGUGAAGGGCGGGCAGCGUGACACCUCGAAAGACAUGCUUCUAGUACAAAUGAAAGACCAAGGACUGUCAUAUAAGGUGAUCAAGGAGCGGUUAAAGUUUGAGGAGGCAGAAUCAACAUUGAGAGGAAGAUAUCGUGCUCUGACGAAACCAAGGGAGGCAAGAUUGAGGAAACCAGAAUGGGGCGAUCAAGACAUUCGGCUCCUCUUCGAAGCAGUUUCCCAUUGUUCGAAGUCGACCUCUGUCAACCUGAACACUGCGAGAGACCUCGAUGCUGUUUCCAUUGGUCAAUUCGUCAAUAAAGUACCCUGGAAGCAAGUUGCUGAAUAUAUGGCAAGCAAAGGUGCAUAUCGAUACGGCAACGCGACAGUGAAGAAGAAAUAUCUUGAGGUCCUGAAGACUCGAGGUGCUCCGGUUUGA